CUUCGAGAUGUUCUUCGAUGCCUUAGAUCGAGAAGGCAACGGCUUGAUCGAUCUACAGCUCCUGUGCGGUUACGUCGAACCAGGAACAACACAGUGGCAGAUGGCAUCGCAAAUGAGCACGAAGUUGGGAAAAGUGGGCGGUCUAAAACGUAUCGGAUUGUUGGAUAAAUCCGGAGCCCUUGCUGGAGCUCCUACUCCUUCAAAAAUAGGACUUGUUGCUCCUCUAGUACCAGGGGGUGCAGCAGCAGCUGGCUCGCCAGGAGGAGCUGCGGGUGUGUUACCCUCAGAGGCGCCAAAGAAGCCUGCGAAGAACUUCGGCACGAAUUUGAUGAGGAAAGCAAACGGCGUAGCUGCAAGUCCUACUGCGCGGGAUGGUGACGCUCCUGGUCCAGGUAAAGCAGACGCAAGUGGAGAUACAACGGGCAAAGCAGACGCAAGUAGUGGUGCUGCCACUCACCACGCAAUCACAAUCAAUAGUACUGCUUCUGUAGUCCGAGGUGGUGGAUCUGACGGAACAACCACUGUUGGUGGUGCAUCCUCAGGCGGCGGGCUUGGAAAACUAGGCGAUGGAAGUGGCAAUCUGGCUUCUCGUGAGUUGGUACCUCGAGACUUUUACAUGCCUGGCGAGGACAACUAUGGCGGCGUCGAUCCAGAAUUCUUGUACAGUCCCAGAUCAAGCGGAAACGGCAGUGUCGACGG